ACUUCGGGUUCGGAUAUGUUUUGUACCACCUUACAAGACCCAUUCGGAUAUUUUUUACAUUUCGGAUCGGAUACGGAUCGGGUUUUUCAGUUCGGGUUUCGGGUUACGGAUAUUAUGCCCAUGCCUACAUAUUUAGAGGGAAACCGUAUCAUAUUAAUUUUCUUUGGUAAAAAAACUGUUAUGGAUAAACUUUUGAUAUUAAGUUUCCAACAGUGCUCUAAAUUCAAGAAAACACCUUAAAAUUCUAUUUUUGAAAGGUAUAGUGCCACCGCGAUGACAAAUAAUCGAACAUGCCAUCUUGGUUGAUGGGAAUCUUCUAAUUGAGCUAAAUGUCUUCUAAAUUUUCUACCAAAAUAUAUUUAAAAACAUUAUGUCAUAAUGUCUGGAUUGCCACAAUAAAAAAACAUUACUUGUGUAUAUAAAAUAGUGUUUACUGUAGCACGUACAUGCAUAUCAAAUUUUUUCAGAAAAAAAAUAACUACAAUUGGCCUAUUUGAUUCGUUUCAGAUUUAAUAAACAAAAAAUACUCAUGACAGCAAUUUUUCUCUGUGCACAGUUACAUGUCUCCAGCGGUUUGUUCUUGUGUAAAGAAAAAACAACGUUGAAUUUUUCUUUCCAGAAGCAAUCAAAGUUCUUGCAAAAAUGCAGAGUUCUUAAUUGCAUUAAGCUAUAGCAAGAGUACGAGAGAUAUAGAGAGAUGCUGUCCACGGCGGAGGAAGAUCCUGAAGGAGGAGGAACAGAGCGAAGAGUCGGAAAUGGCGGCGUAACGACCCCCGACGUGCGAUGGACGUCGUGGUUGAUCCCAACGGUGGUGAUUGCCAACGUCGUCGUUUUCAUUUCGGUGAUGUACGCCAACGACUGCCCUCACAAGAGCCAUCGAUGUCUCGCAAAGUUCCUCGGACGUUUCUCCUUUGAGUCUUUCAAGAAGAACCCUCUUCUCGGUCCUUCUUCCUCUACAUUGGAGAAAAUGGGAGCUUUGGCAUGGGGUAAAAUAGUUCACAAGCGUCAGGGUUGGAGACUAUUAACAUGUAUGUGGUUGCACGCCGGUGUUAUCCAUUUGCUAACAAACAUGUUUUGUGUCGCCUUCAUUGGAUUCCGUCUAGAGCAGCAGUUUGGUUUUGUUCGAGUUGGGACAAUCUAUCUUGUGUCAGGCUUCUGCGGGAGCAUACUCUCUUGUCUGUUUCUUCAGAAUGCCAUAUCCGUUGGUGCUUCAAGCGCCUUGUUUGGACUCUUGGGAGCAAUGUUAUCAGAAUUAUUAAUCAAUUGGACUACCUAUGACAACAAGGGUGUGGCUCUGAUAAUGCUUUUGGUGAUAGUUGGUGUUAACUUAGGAUUAGGGACACUUCCUCCUGUUGAUAAUUUUGCUCACAUUGGAGGUUUCUUGGGAGGUUUUCUUCUCGGUUUUCUUCUCUUGAUUCAUCCACAGUUCGAAUGGGAGGAAAACCGAGUUUCUCUUAUGCCCGGUUCGAUUGUUAAACCGAAGUACAACACUUGUCAAUUCGUGCUUUGCAUAGCUGCAUCCAUUGUCUUUGUGGUCGGGUUUGUUACUGGGUUGGUGUUACUAUUCAGAGGAGAUAACUUGAACAGAUAUUGUAACUGGUGCCAUAAACUUAGCUACUCUGUUAAAUCUCAAUGGUCGUGACAUAUCUCUCUUUUUU